AUGUCCUCCCACGAGCCCGGUAGCCGUGCUAUCACCAUUCCUCUCCAUUCCAACAACCUCAAAGCUGCCGCCUCCCGCCGUAUCCGGAGCAAGCUCCAUGAUCGUACGGAUAGCUCCGAGGCCGGCCCAUCCUCAUACAGCUCUCGAGAGUCGUCGUGGUCAUCGCCCAACGGCUCCGCACAUGGCCUGCGGCACAAGCCCUUGCGGAAGGCACCCUACCAACCAUCCCCUUCAGACACCUCGGUGGAGAUGAAUCGUAACGGAAAGAGAAGUGCAAUGGAGUGGAGUGAUAAGCAGCCGCAGCAUCGCCCUCAGACACCAUCCUCGUCUCCGCCCUCGCACAUGCCUGCCCAUGUGCACAACUCCCCGCUGGGGCCCUCGAUGAUGGCCUCGUCUUCUUACAAGUCAAUCAACCUCUCAAGUCACAACGACCCCGAUGAGCCUCCUCGAUUGAUCUGCUACACCAAGCACAGCCAGGGCUUCACAUGGAACGACGAGCUUUUCCUACCCGGCUAUCUUCUGGGCAGGUACGGUGGAGGUCGGAGGAGACGGCAUCGCUGGGACAACGACGAUGACGAUGGCGACGAAGACAUGGACGAUGUCAUGGACAGCAAUGACCCCGAACGCUGCCCGGUCACCGAGAUCUUCGUCACGGACGAGGAGGCUGCAGCGAUGAUGCCAUGA